AUUCGAACUCCCAAGAUAAGAGAGAAAGAGAGAGCCACAUACUCCAAGGGAGAGGUGAAGAGAGAAGCUGGCCGCAGGACUCGUUUUCCAGAAAAUAGGGCUACUUGUUUGAUCCAUAACUUGAGCUUCACUCGUCCAAAUAAGGCGUAUGAUAUACCAAAAGAAAUCUCUCAAGACGAGGAAUCCGUGAAGGUCUGGUUUGCAUAAAUCGGAGUAGUGUAAGGCCUCCAAAUCGACCGAUCAAAACACGACCUCGCAGAAUACGUUUUUGUAUUCAAAGUUAGGGAACGAAUUCGUCGGGAAACACCCGUUCUAGGGACUGUUUUUGCAUUUUCGGUUAGGAGUUGAACUAGCACUUUGAAGGGGCUGUUUAACACUCCAUUCCAAGCAAGGAAUCAGUUCCAAAUCCACCUUGACCAAAGCUUUGACCAUUGGACCAAGAAGGGAAAGUUUAAAGCUCAAUUGAGGUUGAGGCUAGAGCUUGCUUCCUGUGCUCGUUGCCCGAGUGAUUUCCCCGGAGAGAAGACUUGAAAUGGACCGUGGUGGCAAGGUAACUAGGAGGAACCCUUUGGGCCGUGCACCCGAGGAGACUGGGCAAGGCAGUCGUAGGACCUCUAGGGCAUCUGGAGGAGCGGGCCGUGGAGGCCAAUCACGGACCGUGAGUGACGGUCAUGUGAGCACCGAAAGUGACAGCUACUGGUCCUAUGAGGACUCGACCUAUCGGCCGGAAACAGAGCCGGUUGAAACCCCUUAUGAAGGGGAUGAUGAUGAUGUAAGUGAUGAGGAGGACAACGGCUCCUUAGCGCGGAUUGAGGCACUACUCCAACAAUAUCACCGUGAGCGUGAAGAGAGGAGGGAACGCCGAAGGCGCCGGGCUGGGCAACCUUCGGGCAUGGCUUCACGAGGAGGAAGUCAUGGUGCAUCUAGAGUCCAUGUGGAACCACGUGGAGGCCAAAAUGAUGGGGGUCCAACCAUAAGGAUCUCCAAAUACAUCAAAGAAGCAAGAGAUUUGGGGUGCAAACCCUUUGAUGGAGCAGGGGACAUUUCAGUGGCAGCACAAUGGAUCAAGAGGCUAAAUGAAGCGGCCCUUGACAUGCAAAUCGCGCCGAAUCUCAAACUGAGAAUUGCGGUAAGAUUGCUCGAGGGGAUGGCAUCCAAGUGGUGGGAUGGAACCAAGAACAAGUACGGUGAGACCGUCGUUUGGGAGGACUUCCAACGGGAGUUCUUUGCCCAAUACUAUUCUGAUUUCGAGGUGAAUAAGAAGGUGAGGGAAUACACCCUCCUAACCCAAGGGGGUAACAUGUCAGUGAAGGAGCUUGAGUACAAGUUCCGGGAUCUCGCCGACUACAUACCGGAGUAUGCUUGUGACGAGAACCGCAUGGUGAACCACUUUUGGGACGCCCUUGACUUGGAGAUACGUGAUAGGGCAACACAAUUGCCAAAUAUGACCUUCGCCCAAGUGGUUGACCAAGCGUUGAAGGGGGAGAAACAGUGGGAGGAGAGGAAGAAGAGAGACGCCGAGGAGGCGAAAAAGAGAAAAUGGGAGAGUCAUGGCUCCCAAGGUCCCAACAAAAAGGGGAACCAUGGAGGAGGAUCUUUCCGGGCACCGCCGCCACCGUCUAGGGGGAAUCAAGGCCCGAGUGGGCAAGGCUCGAGGUCACAAACCUCGGUGGUAACUCGUUGCAACAAUUGCAAGAGGAACCACUCCGGUAAAUGUCGCGACCCCCCUAGAUGCUUUCAAUGUGGGGAUGCCGGGCAUUUGAAGGCGCAUUGCCCACAAUUGGGUGGGACAAGGACAUCGGGACCGAGCAGUGGCCCGACGGGUACACGGAAUCAAACCGGAGCUUCUCAAGCGAGCCGGGGACAUGGGGGAGCGAGUGCGAGCAACGCGCCAUCCGUGAAUCAAGGAAGAACUCAAGCUAGAGUUUAUGCGAUGACGGAGGCGGAUGCUCGAGCCAACCCGGACUCGGUUGCAGGAACAUUAAAGAUUAAUGGGAAGGAUGCACGAAUCCUUAUCGAUACCGGAGCGCAACGUUCAUUCGUGAGUGAGGCGUUUGCCGAGAGCUUAGAGAUGCAAUCAAUACCAAUGACACAAACCUUAGUGGUAUCAACCCCACUAGGGGAAGACGUUGAAAGAAACAAUUACUAUCCAUCUUGUAUGGUGGAAAUCGGUGGCCAAACCUUGACGUGUGAUUUCGUACCGCUGAGUAUGAUGGAGUUCGAUGCAAUCCUAGGGAUGGAUUGGCUAGAAAAGCAUCAUGCUAGGGUAGAUUGCUACACAAAGGUGUUGGAACUCGAAGGCACACAUGGGGACACCCUACGCUUUGAGGGGGACCGCGGCAAAUCAAAUAGUUGUAUCAUAUCCGCCGUGAGAGCGAGAAAUAUGAUGAGGAAGGGAUGCCACGCAUAUCUAGCAUACGUGGUUGACAAAACCAAAGAGGGAACGAACAUCGAUGAUGUGAGGGUGGUUUGUAAGUAUCCGGAUGUCUUCCCUAAAGACCUACCGGGGCUUCCACCUGACAGAGAGAUUGAAUUUGUGAUCGAGGUCGAGCCGGGUACCAAACCAAUCUCCAUACCGCCAUACCGGAUGGCACCCGCUGAACUUAACGAGUUAAAAACCCAAUUGCAAGAGCUUUUGGAUAGCGGUUUCAUCAGACCAAGCCACUCCCCAUGGGGGGCACCGGUCCUUUUUGUGAAAAAGAAGGAUGGAACACUUCGAAUGUGCAUUGACUAUCGUCAACUGAACAAGGUCACAAUCAAGAAUAGGUAUCCCUUGCCUAGGAUUGAUGACUUGUUUGAUCAACUACGAGGAGCAACCGUGUUUUCAAAGAUUGACUUGAGGUCGGGGUACCAUCAAUUGAAGAUUAAGGAGGAUGACAUACCGAAGAGUGCUUUCCGCACGAGAUAUGGGCAUUUUGAGUUCCUUGUUAUGUCGUUUGGGUUAACAAACGCCCCGGCGGCAUUCAUGGACUUAAUGAACCGAGUAUUUCACAAAUACUUGGACCGAUUCGUGAUUGUGUUCAUUGAUGACAUCUUGAUCUACUCAAAGAGUGAGGAAGAGCAUGAGGAGCACUUGAUACUUGUUCUUGAGACACUACGGGAGAAGCAACUCUAUGCCAAAUUUUCUAAAUGUGAAUUUUGGCUUAAGGAGAUUGGCUUUCUCGGGCACGUGGUUUCUGGAUCGGGAAUUGCUGUUGAUAACAAGAAGAUAGAAGCCAUUACCGAGUGGGAGAGGCCAAAGAACGUUAAGGAAAUUCGUAGUUUCCUUGGAUUGGCAGGCUACUACAGGAAGUUCGUGGAGAAGUUCUCUGUUUUGGCAUCACCAUUGACGAAGCUCACUCGUAAAGGAGCUAAGUUUGUAUGGGAUGACAAAUGUGAGAAGGGGUUCAUGGAACUAAAGAAACGGUUGACCGAGGCACCGGUACUUGCAUUACCCAAACAGGGUGUGGGGUACGAUGUCUAUAGUGACGCGAGCAUCCAGGGGUUUGGGUGUGUACUGAUGCAGGAAGGGAGGGUAAUUGCCUAUGCUUCACGACAGUUGAAGAAGCAUGAGGUAAAUUAUCCUACCCAUGAUUUGGAGCUGGGAGCGGUGGUGUUUGCACUGAAGAUUUGGAGACAUUAUCUCUACGGAGAGACAUGUCACAUAUAUACCGAUCAUAAGAGCUUGAAAUACGUGUUUACUCAGAAAGAGCUAAACAUGAGACAGAGACGGUGGAUGGAGUUGAUAAAAGACUACCAUCUGGUGAUAGAGUAUCACCCAGGCAAGGCUAACGUGGUGGCAGAUGCUUUGAGCCGGAAAGGCUCGUCUGGGCCAUUGCUAGCUAAUUUGAGGGCAUUAAGAGCCCAACUGGAGGUAUCCAGCGAUGGUGCCUUAUUGGCACGAUUUGAGGUGAGACCCACUUUACUUGAUGAGAUCAAGAAGGGUCAGGAAACCGACGAAGAAAUUAUGAAGAUCCGGGAACGCAUGCAAGCGGGACCGGUGGAGGACUUCCGAGAAAGAGAUGACGGUCUCUUAUUAUUUCGUGACCGAGUGUGUGUACCGGCAGAUGACGAGCUCCGAAAGUCCAUCUUAGAGGAAGCUCAUUCAUCGGCUUAUGCCAUGCACCCGGGGGGCACGAAGAUGUACCGUGACCUGAAGGAGAGUUACUGGUGGUCAGGUAUGAAGAGAGAAAUAGCCGAAUAUAUCAGUCGAUGCCUUACUUGUCAACAAGUUAAGGCAGAGCAUCAGCAUCCAGCGGGCUUAUUGCAACCACUUUCCAUUCCUGAAUGGAAGUGGGAACACGUGACUAUGGAUUUUGUGGUAGGGUUGCCACGGACGAUCAGGAAUUAUGAUGCAGUUUGGGUUGUUGUAGAUAGGCUCACAAAGAGUGCACACUUCUUACCUAUCAACACUACUUACCCACUCGAGAGGUUAGCCAAAUUGUACACGGAUGAGAUCGUGAGGCUACAUGGGGUUCCAGUGACCAUUGUAUCCGAUAGAGACCCACGAUUCACAUCACGUUUUUGGCCGAAAUUUCAGGAGUCUAUGGGAACGAGGUUGAAGUUCAGUACUGCUUUCCACCCACAGACGGACGGGCAGUCUGAAAGAGUCAUACAGAUCUUAGAAGACAUGCUGAGGGCUUGCGCAUUAGAGUUCCAAGGAAGUUGGGACAACCACUUAGCACUUGUGGAGUUUGCCUAUAACAACAGUUAUCAGGCAAGCAUCGGCAUGCCUCCAUACGAGGCAUUGUAUGGGAGGAGAUGCCGUACACCAUUAUGCUGGGAUGAGGUUGGCAUGGCCAAACUCGAGGGUACUGAGUUGGUUGAGGUCACCAAGUCAAAGGUGAAGUUGAUUCGAGAGAGACUCAAGGCGGCUCAGGAUAGGCAAAAGAGUUAUGCGGAUAAGCGUCGAAGGACCUUAGAGUUUAAGGUUGACGACGAGGUAUUCCUGAAAGUUUCUCCUUGGAAAGGAAUCAUUCGAUUCCAAACCCGAGGAAAGCUUAACCCACGAUAUAUAGGCCCAUUCAGAAUUAUAGAGAGGGUUGGGGCCGUAGCAUAUCGUCUACAGUUGACUCCUGAGUUGGAGAAGAUUCAUAAUGUAUUUCACGUGUCCAUGCUUAAGAAGUAUGUGCAUGAUCCUUCUCAUGUGUUGGAGAAGCCGCCCGUGGAGGUACGUGAAGAUUUGAACUAUGCCGUGCAACCGGUAAGAGUUAUUGACAGAAAAGUGAAGAAACUGAGGAGUAAAGAAGUUCCAAUGGUUAAAGUCCUUUGGAAGAGUGACCGGGUCGAAGAAGAGACUUGGGAAACAGAAGCCUUGAUGAGGAAGCAGUAUGCAUUCCUAUUUGAGUAAAGCUGUGAAUUUCGGGGACGAAAUUCCUGUUAAGGGGGGGUGAACUUGUGACACCGCUCCCGAAGGUCCUUGAAAAUUUGAUUUGAAUAUUCAAAGCUUAUGUAUUGGAUUUCUGAUUCCCAAACAUUUUGUAAAACGAUCAAUGUUCUACGUAGUGCAUGGUUGAAUAUCGUACUGUUCAAACUCGUACAUUAGUGUCGGGUUUCGCAAAUACUUACUCGGGACUUAUUAAUAAAUAAAAGAGUCCAACAUUAUCUAUAUAAGUGAUCGAAGGAUUAAAGAAGAAUACAAAUGCCUAUAACCCCAUCUUUGGCAUUUUUGAGCUAAAUAAUGGGAGUAGGAUUUUCCUUCUAUAACAUCCAUCAAGUAAAUUAUUGGGAUGAGCCUACACAUAUUGGAGGUCAAUAAUGUGAUUUAGGAAGUUGACUUGUUCUAAAUAAAUUAGGAUGAGUACAAAAAGACAUCUUUGACAAAGAUAAAACAAUAGGACCCAUCUUCCCAUUUUUUUUUGGAAGUAUUGAUAGACAUUUUGGACCCCAAAUUGAAUGGGACCAUUUGGGGACCAUCCCACAUGACCUUGGUACCUGCAAAACAAAGGAAAAUGGGUGAGACAAAGAUGUGGGGCGGACUUUUGACUCAUGAACUACAACAUUACAAAAAGGAAAUAAAAGAGGAGGUCCACACCAUGUUUGAUUGCAAUCAAAUACCCUACCCUUCUUUUUGGUGAACCACAUGCUCUCUUAGCAUGAUUGAGGCCUCCUAAUACACUCCCCCUACACCCCAUUCGAACUCCCAAGAUAAGAGAGAAAGAGAGAGCCACAUACUCCAAGGGAGAGGUGAAGAGAGAAGCUGGCCGCAGGACUCGUUUUCCAGAAAAUAGGGCUACUUGUUUGAUCCAUAACUUGAGCUUCACUCGUCCAAAUAAGGCGUAUGAUAUACCAAAAGAAAGCUCUCAAGACGAGGAAUCCGUGAAGGUCUGGUUUGCAUAAAUCGGAGUAGUGUAAGGCCUCCAAAUCGACCGAUCAAAACACGACCUCGCAGAAUACGUUUUUGUAUUCAAAGUUAGGGAACGAAUUCGUCGGGAAACACCCGUUCUAGGGACUGUUUUUGCAUUUUCGGUUAGGAGUUGAACUAGCACUUUGAAGGGGCUGUUUAACACUCCAUUCCAAGCAAGGAAUCAGUUCCAAAUCCACCUUGACCAAAGCUUUGACCAUUGGACCAAGAAGGGAAAGUUUAAAGCUCAAUUGAGGUUGAGGCUAGAGCUUGCUUCCUGUGCUCGUUGCCCGAGUGAUUUCCCCGGAGAGAAGACUUGGUUCGUGCUUCCUCCAUUCUGUUUUAGAACAUUAAUAAACAUGCUCAUGGAUAUUUUACUUUAGAGCCUGCGUGCUCAUGUUUGCCCUGUGUGGCCCUUUUGUUUUAAACAAUGUUUUCCGCUGCGUAUUCAAUUGUUUAUUAUGUAUGUUUA